AUGAUAACUUAAAUUUAAGAAAUUCUUAGAUAAGUGGAUAUUUUUGGUCAAUCCAUAAGCUUGAGUUUUCGAUAAAGGGAAAAGUAUUAAACAAGUUUUGGAGGAUUUUUAUCUAUGUGUAUGAUUGCUACUAUCAUCAGUUUCUUUUACUCAAAUAUCUUAAGUUUUUUAAAUAUGACAUCUGUGACUUCAAAUGAAUAAUUAGUUUUUGAAGAUAGUCCAGAAUUAUUAAUAUUAGAUCCAUCUUCUUUUAUGUUUGCAAUUUAGAUUGAACAAUAAGAUUUCAUAAAUAACCCUUUUUUCAAUGUAACUAUAGAACAACGGCAUUACCGUAGGUAUGAUAAUGGAACUUAAUACAAAUUUCCUUCCUAAUAUAUAGAUUUAGUCUAAUGCACAUAUAAUCAUUUCUAAAUCAUAUUUGAAAAAUACAAUAUUAAAUUUGAAGAACAAUAUAAUAAAUUAAAUAUAUCUAAUUUUUUAUGUCCUAAUUUAAAUAAUGAGAAUUCAUUGAAUCUAACAGUUGGUGGUACAUGGGCAAGUAAGAUACUAAAUAUUAUUAAUAUAGGUACUGAUUACUACUUUUUAAAAUUUUCAGUAAAGAAUUGCGUAAAUGAUUCUGAAAGUACAUUCUCAUGGAAACCAACUUGUAAAUCUCCUGAAUAAAUUAAAGAGGCAACUUAGAAUUGGGGAAGUUUUAGAUUCUAACUUUAUUAAAUAAAUUAUGUAAUCAAUAUUAUUAAUAAUUAGCUUGUCAAUGCAUAAAAACCAAAAGAUUAUAUAUAACCUUUACUGUCGACAGAUACAUUUUAUUCGUUCGUUCCAAAUACAAUGUUCAUUUAAUCUGAUAUAUUCUUUCGAUAUAAAGAAGUUAAUUCAGAUAGAGGCAUAUUGAUGUAUCCAGAUAUAGAAAAAGAAAUCUAUCCUUAUAGGGAACAUGGAGAUUAAAGAGAUUAGAUUUCUAUUAAUUAUUUAACUCAAAAUAAUUAUGGAGCUUUUUAUUUUAGUAGAAGUCCUUAUAAAUAUAUUAUAUAAAGAGAUUUUAUGAGAUUAGAUGAAUUACUAAGUUAUUUAGGAGGAUUCACUUAAUUUAUGAUUGUGAUUGUGGGAAUUUUUGUUUCUAUUUACAAUAGAGAACAUUUAAAAAUUUCAAUGGCAAAUGAUUUAUAUGAAUUUGAUAUGAGUUUGAAAAAAUAAAAUACCAAAUAAAGCCAUCUCUCUAAUAUAAUAACUAAAGCAAAAUAAAAAUUAAUAUUCUAAAAAAGAUAAUCCAAAAAAUAAAUAGAUUCAAUAGGCUAAUCUCCAAAUUUGUGUUUAAAUAUAAAUUAAUAAAAUGUAAUUAGUACUUUUAAUUAAUAGGAAGGGAUUGAAAAUGAUUAAAAUGAAAAUUAGAAUUAUUAAAAAAAGAUUCUUAAUACUAAUUAGACUGUACCUGAUAAACCUAUGAUAACUUAAAUGAAAAAUUAAGUAUCUAAAUACUUUGAUUAAUUUUGUCAUUAUAUGAAAAAGAAAUAUAAAGUAAAGAUUGGGUUAAGGAUGAUUAUUUCAUCUUUUUUACCAUUUGAUUGUUUAAAAAAUGAUGAUGGAAUUGUUGUAGAGAAAGCUAUGUAAUUAUUAGAUUUCUAUUUUAGUAAUUAAGUAAACAAAGAGUUAGAUAUAGAAUAUAUACUUAAAUAAUUGCAUGAAAUAUAAAAAUUCAAGAAAAUACUAUUAGAUAGUAAUCAAAUUGGUAUUUUUAAUUUCAGUCAAAAACCGAUAAUCGCUUUGUACUAAGAUUCAUAAAUGAGAAGACGAACAAAGUAAUUUUAAUUAUAAAUUUAGAAUAAUUGUUGCAGAUAUUGAUACAAAAUCAUAAGAAUUUGCUUUAUUUAAGCAAUUUAAUGAUCUAGUUAAUGCUUAUCAUUAAAUUUAGAAACAAGAAAUGAAAGGGGAAUAUCAAUUAAUUAACUUCAAUUAAAGAUUACUAGAGUUACUUGGUUCAAGUUUGUCCUAAAUUUUAGAAAAAGAAAUAGCUUUAAAAGAAGAAAUGAUUUUUUGCGAAGAAGAUAAAAUAGAUCAAUUUCCAUCUAAUUAGGGAUGA